AAAAUAAUUCCGAUGUUUUUAGAAUGUUUUUAUGUUAAGAUGAUUGAUGACGUUCAUUUUUCAUUUUUGUAAUAAGUGAAAAUGAACAGGUUUAUAUUUCUUAAUUAUGGUCUUAAUUUACAACGUUUACUAAAAAACACAACUUAUCUAUCCGGAGGGUCUACUUGGUGUAAAUACCGAUUUUAUUCUCCUGGUAAUGAUGUUCAAGAGGGAUGGAAUACUCCCAUUCCGACAACAAAAGAGUACCAAAUAACAGAGGAUGGAAUAGUUCAUGCUAGCAAAAUUCCUUCAAUAAAAGGUUUUGACAUUUUGAGAAAUCCAAAACUCAACAAGAGUACUGCAUUCACACUUGCUGAGAGACAAAUUCUUGGUAUUCAUGGGUUAUUACCUCCAGCAAUCAACAAUCAAAAAUUGCAAAUGGACAGAGCUAUGACUCAAAUAAGAAGACUGCAGACUGAUUUACAAAAGUAUAUUCUUUUAACCCAAAUACUUUCAAGAAAUGAAAGAUUAUUUUAUCAACUGUUAAUGGAUAAUAUAGAAGAACUAACACCAAUUGUUUACACACCCACGGUGGGGCAAGCUUGUCAAGAGUAUGGAUUAAUAUUUCGUGACCCAAGAGGUUUGUUUAUCACUAUUCAUGAUAUUGGUCAUAUUUAUGAUAUUAUUAGUAACUGGCCAGAAAGAAGAGUGCAGGCUGUGGUUAUGACAGAUGGAGAAAGAAUUCUUGGUUUAGGAGAUUUAGGUUGUAAUGGAAUGGGAAUACCUAUUGGAAAACUUGCUUUAUAUACUGCUUGUGGUGGUAUUCAUCCAUCUGCUUGUCUUCCAAUAAUGAUAGAUGUUGGAACUAACAACACUAAACUUUUGGAUGACCCACUCUAUAUUGGUUUAAGACAAAAAAGGAACAACACAAAGCUUUAUGAUCAGUUGAUUGACGAAAUUAUACAAGCUUUGCGCCAAAGGUUUGGACCAAAUGUUUUAAUUCAAUAUGAAGAUUUUGGAAGCCACAAUUCAUUUCGUCUUUUGGAACGCUACAGACACAAAAUGUGUACUUUUAAUGAUGAUAUUCAAGGCACAGCAGCUGUAGCUCUUGGAGGUUUGUUGGCGAGCUUAAAAGCAAGCCAUAUGAAAUUACCUGAUCACAAGUUUCUCUUUUUUGGUGCUGGUGGUGCUGCUUGUGGAAUUGCACAAUUAUUAGUGAAAGCUUUGAUAAAUGAAGGGUUAUCAAAAGAAGAAGCAGUAAAACACAUUUAUAUGUUUGAUAAAGAUGGAUUAGUCACUAAGAAUCGAUCUGUUGGUGAAUUAACUCCUGAAAGAGCACUAUUUGCUCAUGAUGCAGAGUUUUCGAAUAGUUUUGAGCAUGUUGUUAAAUAUCUUAAACCCACUGCUAUAAUAGGUGUUGCUGGUUCUGGAAGAGCUUUUACAGAAACUGUUUGUAAGCAGAUGCUUUUGAAUUGUGACAAACCAGUUAUUUUUGCACUAAGUAAUCCAACUACUCAUGCUGAAUGUACAGCUGAACAAGCUAUUACCUGGACUAAUGGUAAAUGUUUAUUUGCAAGUGGCAGUCCAUUUGAACCAGUAACUUUAAAAGAUGGACAAGUUGUUUAUCCAGGUCAAGGAAACAAUGUUUAUAUCUUCCCAGGUUUAGCAUUAGGAGUAAUUGCUAGCGGAUCAAGAAUUAUCACUGAAGAAAUGUUUUUAGCUGCUGCCCAGUCCUUGUCUGAGCAAGUAACAGAUGAAGAUAUCGCUGAAGGUCGCUUGUAUCCACCAUUGCGGAAAAUCAAAGAGGUCUCUUUUGAAAUUGCACUUAAAGUUGCUGAUAUCGCAUACAAACAAGGUAUUGCUACUAUGAUUCCAGAGCCAAGCGACAAGCGAAAACUUGUUAGAUCAAUUAUUUACAAUCCGAACUAUAUGUCAUUUAUUCCAAAGACAUACGAAUAUCCUAGAUGACACAAGCAUAGUUUUAACGACAGUUAUCCGAAAUGACACGAUAGAUAUCACAAUUUCAAUUGAUGACACAUGCAAAAUAGAAUGAUUCUUUAAUACAAAAAUUAUAAUAAUAGUAAUAAUAAUAAUAUGCUACAGGAGUCGGGCACAAUAUUUAUUGAAAUGUAAUAAUACAUGGCGUUUAUAAAAUAAAUUUAUAGCUUUCUUAAA